AGGUGGAGCUCCCAACGCUCGAAACUCCCGAAAACCCUGGGACCUGAAGGGCAAGGUGAGCGACAUGGAGGGCAAGAUCGUCAACUACCAGACCAAGGUCAAAUCAGUCAACCAGGAGAACGAGGUUCUGAGAAGCUCGGUGGCCCAGACUAAGAUGAGGGCGGCUGAAAUGGAGAAGGAGCUUGAAUUACGAAGGAACCAGAUCAGUGAGUACGAAGAGGAGCUCCAGGCGCUGACGGGAGUCCGCGAUGAGCUGGAGCUGGUGUCCAGUGAGAAGAGCAGUCUGCAGGUGGAACUCUCUAACUUGGAGGGCAAAUACAAGGUGAUGGAGACACUGAGAGACAGCCAGGAGACGGAGCUCCAAACUCUCAAGAUGAAGCUUUCAGUGCAGGAGUCCACCCUGACCCGUGUACAAGAGACCCUCAGGGACACCCAGGAGGAGGUCCACUGUCUCAAAGAGACUGUAGCGCAGCAGAAGGACGAGCUUCACGCUGGAGAAAUGGAGCGCAGGAGGCUGCACAACACCAUCCAGGAGCUCAAGGUUAGUUAGCACAUCGUUAGCACG